UGGACACUUACCACGCUGCGCUUUGGUCCUCUGAUCCUUCCCGCUACUCCUCCUCAGAAGAGGAGGAAGACAACCCUUACAAUACUAGGAUACUGAAAGAAGAUGACAUAGUUACCUGGAUAGUUACCUGUGAUGCCAUAUUUGUUCAGAGACUUUCAGAGAGCCUGUUUCUCUGGGCUGCCACCACAGCUUCUGUGCCAGCUGCCUGGACAAAUUCUGGGAUCAGACCAAAAACAAGAAUUGUCCGGUAUGUAGGAGGAAAUGUUCCAAGGAUCAUCUAAAUGUUAACUUUCAGUUGAAGGAACUGUCUGAUAAAUAUGCUGGGAGACAGAAAGCAGGGGAGAAAGACAGUAUUCCAGAUGAAGGCAGAGCAGUGGUUUGUCCUAAACACACAGAUGAACCUAAAUGGUUCUGUGAGGUGGAGCAGAGAGCUGUGUGUCACGUCUGUGAGUUUGCUGCACAUCACAGCCACACUGUCAUUCCCUUAGAACAGGCAGUGAAAUACCUGAAGGAAAAACUAACCUCAGAAUUACACUCACUGCAGAGCAAACAGGUUACAUGCAAAGACAUAGAGCAGAAAUAUAACAAUUCACCAGAUCUUAAGAGAGGAAGAGGAGGCCAGACUGGCAGCAAUGAGGAAGGAAGAGGAGGAGAAGGGGAAGAUGAUUGCCAGAGAGAUGAAGAACAUUCAGGACCAGAUCUCUCUCACAGAAAACAUCACUGCUGUGAAACAAAAACUCCAGAAACAAGAGGUGCCAUUUCUCAAGAGCUACAAACACACACAGACAUUCUCCAGAGCCCAGGACACACUGCCGGAUCCACAGCUGGUCUCAGGAGCACUGAUAGAUGUGGCCAAACACCUGGGCAACCUGCAGUUCAGAGUCUGGGAGAAGAUACAGGGGAUUGUCAAAUACACUCCUGUGAUUCUGGACCCCAAUGCUGCACAUCCCUGUCUCUCUCUGUCUGAUGAUCUGACCAGUGUGAGUCAGACAGUCCCAACCCAGCAGCUCCCUGACAACCCAGAGAGGAACACAAAUCAUGCCACAGUUCUGUGCUCUGAGGGGUUCAGCUCAGGAAGGCACAGCUGGGAGGUGGAGGUGGGGGACCACCCAUACUGGUUUAUAGGUGUAUAUAACUUCCCCAUACGAUGGAUUGUUUGAUAUACAGCUUGUUAAAGGUACAUAUUGGGUAGGAGGUCGGACCAUCACUCUGAAGAGGAGACCCCAGAGGAUCAGAGUACAGCUGGACUGUGACAGGGGAGAGGUGUCCUUCUACGAUGCCAAAGACAUGACACACAUCUAUACUUUGACAGUGAUGUCAUCUCAGCAAGGUGUGUGUGUGUGUGUGUGAGAGAGAGAGAGAGAGAGAGAGAGAGAGAGAGAGAGAGAGAGAGA